UAUCCCGAGCGAGCGAGCGAGCGAGCGGGUGUCAUCAGUGCUGUGACCCGGAUGUCUCCUCUCGUCUGAUCCUCUUAUCAGCGACAAGGGGACCGAGAUGGAUGUUGUUAACCAGUUGGUCGCCACAGGGCAGUUCACAAUCAUCAAGCAGCCAUUAGGAUUCAUUAAAAUCUUACAAUGGUUCUUCGCCAUCUUUGCGUUCUCCACCUGUGGCGGUUACUCUGGAGUGUUUCGUCUGAGCGUGGAGUGUAAGAACCGCACAGAAAGUGACCUGAACAUUGAGGUUGAGUUUGAGUACCCGUUCAGACUGCACCAGGUAUGGUUUGAUGCUCCUUCAUGUAAAGGACCGGAACCUGAACGUCUCUUUCUGGUGGGAGACAACUCUUCCUCUGCUGAGUUCUUUGUCACCAUUGGUGUCUUUUCCUUCCUUUAUACAAUGGCAGCCAUGUCCGUGUACAUCUUCCUCCUGGAGAAGUACCACGAGGGAAACAAAGGAGCUCAGGCUGAUUUUGUGGUGACAGCUAUUUUUACCUUCAUGUGGUUGGUAAGUUCAGCGGCGUGGGCCAAAGGUCUCUCGGAUGUUAAGAGGGCAACUGACCCCGAUGAGGUCAUCAACCUCAUCGAUGCAUGUGAUCGUGAGGAAAACCGCUGCAAAGAAAUCCAUGAGCCUGUGGUUUCCGGCCUAAACACAUCUGUGGCGUUUGGGUUCUGUAAUGUGGUGCUAUGGGCAGGGAACCUGUGGUUCGUCUUUAAGGAAACCGGUUGGCUUACAGCCUUUGCUGGCACUUACGCAGCCUCUGGAGAGAAGCAGCCAGCACCAGACUCCUUCGGCCAGGGCUAUGGACAAGAAGGUUAUGGACAGGACCCUUACGCUGGCUCUCAGGGCGGUUACCAGCCCGAAUACAGCCAACAGGGCGAAGGUGGCGGUUACAACCAAGGAGUGUAUGGUCAGGGUGAGCCCACCUCCUUCUCCAAUGAGAUGUGAGCCCGGCUCUGCUGGCUGAAGCUCUGCACUGAUCAUAGCAAGAGGACGUCGUGUGAUCAGCCAGCAUGGAAACUACUAGCUAUGUUUCCACUGUCUUCAGUUGGUUUAAAGGGAAGGGGGUGGGUGGUAUUAAAGCACAAAUAAGAAACAUUUUCAGGGUUGAUAUUAACAUCAUAACCAAGAGGAAACAAUUGGGACCCAUGAGAAAGUGAGACCCUAAUUUCAACAUACUAUUACAUGGAAUCCAGCUGGAGAUUAUCCAUCCUAUUAUAAUGAGGAAAAAAACUUGAAUAUGCUACCAAAAAAAAUGAAUGAAACCUAUGAUGUAUAUGUUAUGAACGGGGAGCCGUUUGAAUGAAUUAUAGUAAUAUUAAACUGAAUGUGUUUUUCUGUGGUGUAAAUAUGAAUUAAUUAGAUAUACUGUAUUGUGAAU